AUGAAAUAUUUCGUUGUGCUGUUUGUAUUGGCUUGGGUGUGUGUCGUUUAUGGCAAUCCUUUGCCCAUAGACACUCCCGAAACAUUGACUAGUGUCGAUGCGGAUUUGGCUGUUGACGCAGGAUUGAAGGAAAAGGCCGAACUAACACGUCAACCUCGUGGAUAUGGAAGACGUGGUUACGGAGGUUUUGGAGGUCCUGGAUUCGGUUAUGGCCGUCCUGGAGGAUUUGGUGGAUCCUUCUCGAAAUCAUACGCAUAUGCCGGUUCGGGUUCCUUCGGAUAUGGAAAAUAG